AUGGCUUUCGCAUUCACCCUCCCUCUUCGCAUCGUACAGGCGGUCUUCUCGAUCAUCGUCCUCGGUUUGAUGGCCUAUGCUGCCGACGCAUGGUCCUACUGGUGGUCACCCGAUUCUGUCAACUUCCUCGUCUUUACAGCCGUUUGGACUAUCCUCGCUCUCAUCUACCUUAUCAUCGCACCCACUCAUUUCCCAACUGCAGCACAUAAAUAUGGAAUCCUAUUUGCCGAGGCUGUUACCAUGAUCUUUUGGUUUGCAGGCUUUAUCGCCUUGGCUGUUAUGCUUAAUAAUGUCAACUGUGGACAUUCCAACUGGAGCGUAUGUGAAGCUAGCAUUGCUGGAGAUGUCUUUGCUGCUUUCUUAUGGUUGUUGUUCCUUGCUACUACCAUCAUGGCCGCUUUACACGUUUCCCGCAGCAGUCGAUCCAGCGAUCGUCAUGAUCCUGCUAUGGAAGUCGCUGUCUAA